AUGAUGUUAGCUGAUUCUAAGUUGGGAGUUAAGGAACUUUUUACGAAACUGUUAGAAGAGCCGUUAGGUAUGUGCGCCCCUUGCCAGCGGCGCAAAUUAGUCAUCAUUGACGCUUUGGAUGAAACAGAGUACGAGUCCAGGGAAGAUUUUCUUUAUGUUAUUAAGAAAGCUCUUCCUCGACUUCCCCAGUGGUUGUUGUUCUUUAUCACCAGUCGUCCUGAAGAUUCGGUACAGAGCAGAUUAGAGAAGUACAAACCAUGCAUUCGGAUUUGCGCAGGUGAUAGCGAUGAACAAGGUUUUUAUCAGCAGCACGAACAGGACAUUCAACUUUUUUUACGAAAGGAAAUAGAUUUUUCCUACCUUUCUUACUCUUUUGAGCAAGUCACAAAGAAGUGUAAUGGAUUGUUUUUGUAUGCUUACUACAUUGCAGAAGUUCUAAAAGAAUCGAAUUCUCACCGGGUAAGUCAGCAGACUGACCUCUUUCCCGGAGAUAUCGACGAAUUCUUUCAGGAGAAUUUCCAGCGUGUGUUUGACAAGAUAGGAGAAGACCUCUACAGGAAGUUAUUUGGCUGUAUCAUAGCUGCUCCAUCGCCCCUUCCUAUAUCGUUUAUUUCGUAUAUUCUUAACAGAGAAAAGUCAAAUUUUGAUGAGCAGAAGGCUAUCGAUGCCGUGUCUCUAUUUGUUGUGCGAACUUCUGAUGCGACAGUGAAAUUUCUUCAUAAUCUGAUUCCAAUGUGGCUAACAGACAAGAAGAAAGCUCCACGAAGGUUGUUAAUUGAUGAAAAGGUCGCAGUUGAAUAUCUGAGAAUGAUGUUUAUCGAAAUUAUUUCAACUGUUGUCGAAGAAACACGAGCAACAGAUUUGGAAAGAUUUGUUAUGCACUUUGCUGUUCGCUUUCAGUGUCAUCAUGUUGACCAAAAUUCUCUGACAAAUGUUUUUAACUGGUUAACAAAUUAUCGGUUCCUAGAGAAAAGGAUUCAUAGUGGGAGAAGCGAGAUCUACCAUGUUAUUGAAGAUUUAAAGCUUGCAUCCCGCUGUCUUCCCGCCGAGGAAAUACAGCAACGAAAUGUUCUUCAAGAAAUCUCC